GCUGACGUCACCCAGGGCGACUGUUACUGAAACCACGCUGCCUCACCGCAUUGUAGUAAGAACUGCACAAGAGGAAGACUGUGGUGGAGUGAGGCAGGAGUUUGAACGAGGUUAGAAAGUUGUCUAUCGCCGACAAACAGAAGAGAAAAAUCUGCCAUUUACUGUAAUGUAUAAAUGGAUGUGAAAGAGAAGACUUGCGAGGCCAACAUGAAUAGCAUGGAGGAGAGGACUGUAAAUUUUGAGGAGGAGGACUGUGAGUGGGAGAGUGUCCAUCCUAAACAGGGGAGUCUGAGCAUUAAGGAAGGGGACCAUGAACUGGGGUCAAUGAGUAAAGAGGAGUCUUCUAUCAAUGUAAAAUAUGAAUCAUUACAGUCGGACACAAAGACGAUUGAAGAAAUUUCAUCUCCUAGAACUUGGGGAGGUCAGUCACCACCUAAGACAUCAUCUGAAACAAGAAUCAAACUUCACUGCUGUUCUGAAUGUGGCAAAACAUUUUUACGGAAAAACAAGCUUCAGAACCACCAAAGAAUUCACACAGAGGAGAAUCCAUAUUGCUGUUCUGAAUGUGGUAAAACGUUUUUACAGAAAAACAAGCUUCAGAGCCACCAACGAAUUCACACAGGGGAGAAGCCAUAUGACUGUUCUGAAUGUGGCAAAAUGUUUUCACACAAACAGUAUCUUCAGCGCCACCAAAGAAUUCAUUCAGGAGAGAAGCCGUAUUGCUGUUAUGAAUGUGGCAAAAUGUUUUCACACAAACGGUAUCUUCAGACCCACCAAAGAAUUCACACAGGAGAGAAGCCGUAUUGCUGUUUUGAAUGUGGCAAAACGUUUUUACGGAAAUACUAUCUUCAGAGCCACCAAAGAAUUCACACAGGGGAGAAGCCGUAUUGCUGUUCUGAAUGUGGGAAAAUGUUUUCACAGAGAAAGGGUCUUCAGCACCACCAACGAAUUCACUCAGGAGAGAAGCCAUAGUGCUGUUCUGAAAUAUUUUUAUGGAAAAAUGAGCUUCAGUACCACAAAAAAAAAUUAACGGGGAGAAGUCAUAUUGCUGUUCUGAAUGUGACAAAAAGUUUCCACAGAGGCGCAAUCUUCACAGCCACCAAGGGAUUCAGAAAAGAGAGAAGCUUGUUUGCUGCCCUGAAUGUGGAUAACAAUUCUCUUGCCAUGGUAAUCUUCAGACGGACAUUAAAACUUACACAGGAGAAAAACGUAUUCCUGUUCUGAAUGUGGCAAACAGUUUUCACAGAGAAGCAGUCUUCAGAGCCACCAAGGAAUUCACUUAGGAGAGAAGCCGUAUUGCUUCGACUGUGGUAAACAAUUCUUUCUCAGUAGUUAUCUUUAGAGUGUGAAAGUAGCACUAUGUAAGCGCCUGACCCGGCACAGACUCACACUGAGGCUCGUGUAUAAAACACCAAGACUCAUUUUCUUCACCUGUGGGGUACGUCUUCCCUGUGAACCCCACAGGCAAUACACAGUCCCAAAAGCACUCCAGAACCAAACACAACGCUCCCUUCUCAAACCACCACUCCUCCCUGGCAACCUCUUUCCUCCCGAUUCUGGCCUGAGUGGUGGUUGCCGGCCCUUUUUAUAGCCCACCUGCGUGCUCCAGGUGCUUGAUCACCUGCUUCUGAUUGCACUGCUGGGCAGAGCUGUAGAGUUGUCCAGGCCGGCUCAGGGAUCUAUGCAGCACCCUCUGGCGGCCACCCCAGAUCCCAACAGGGUUGUGGGGAAUUCAGGUACCAUCCUCAGCCAUGGAGGCUGCCACCAAGCGUCCCAGAGCAGGUAUUGAGCAGUCCAUGAUUGAUCCCCAAAACAAACAUCGAAGGGGCAUCCCGGCCGGGUCUCAGGAGUUACACGUUUUCACCAUGAACUGAUCUUCAGAGCCACUAACGAAUUCACCCUAGGGAGAAGCCAUAUUGCUGUUCCGAAUGUGGGAAACAAUUCUCGCACCAUAAUAAUUUUCUGAUACACAUUAAAAUUCAUUCGGGAGGGGAGCCAUAUUGCUGCUUUGAAUGUGGUAAAUGAUUCUCUCUCAGUAGUUAUCUGCAGAGACGCAUUAAAACUCACACACAGGAUAGAAGCUGUGUUGCAGAAAGGUUUUACAAAGAGGCUGGUUUCAGAGAUAUCAAAGAAUGCACAUGACAGAAAAAAAUUACGGAAACUCCCCUACCUUGUCCACAGAUGAACACUGUACAAUAUGCUAAGCAGCAGAAAAAAGAAUUUAAAAAGUUUGAUUGAAACAAAAAAGAACAAAUUGGGGAAACUACAAGUAAAGUGGUAAAUACACUUCCCCUUCCUCCC